AUGUUUAUUCAGCAACUUUGGACACUGAUCAAGGACCCUUACCAAAACAAUCCCGUCCGCAUUAUUGUGGAGAUACUCCUUCUGGGGGUGAUAGUAAAAUACGCGUUUGAGCGAAAAGAGUCCAGUGAUCCCGUGAUUCUUUCGCAGGAGGAGGCCGAGCAGCUAAUUGAUGAGUGGGUGCCCAGAGAGCUGGGGCUGGACGACGACGACGAGCCCUUCCCGGAUAGCAAUGCUGUGAAAUACGUUCUGUCGGCGUUCAAUCCGUUUUGCUUCGGGUCUCCUGUGGAGGACUCGGGCGUGCAGGCCGGAGGGGGAUCUCUUCCCGUGGAAACAAAGUCUCGCAAUAAAGAAAAGCUGGACAUUUUGGCAGAGACCAUUGAGAAAUACGGCGUGGGAACGUGCGGGCCCAGAGGCUUUUACGGGACCAUUGACAUCCACCUGGACCUGGAGAAAAAGCUUGCAGAAACACUGGGCACGCAGGGCGUGGUUUUGUACGCACACUCUCUGCUAGCCAUUGCCAGCGUAAUCAAGUGCUUCUGCAAGCGAGACGACGUGAUAUUCUAUGACCACAGGUCGUCAAUUAGCAUUCGCCGGGGAAUAUACUCGUCCAAGGCCAAGGCCAUUUCGUACGCGUCCACUGCAGACCUGUCUGUGAAGCUGGCUUUGGAGGAGUCUGUGCGCAACAAGAAGUUCAUCAUAACCGAGGGCGUGUUUGAAGAAACAGGCGAAACCGCAGACAUUGCAGCAAUUGUAAAGGCCCGAAACCAUCACAAGGCGUUCCUCAUUUUGGACGAGUCUGUCAGCAUCCCGCUCCUGGGCAGCACCGGAGCAGUUGGGUUUUUUGGCGCAGACCCGAAAGAGGUGGACCUUCGAAUUGGGUCGCUGUCCACGGGCAUGGGGUCGGCUGGCGGCUUCUGUGCAGGCACGCGCGAGGCGUCGGACUUGCAAAGGCUAAGCAGUCUGGCGUAUUGUUUUUCCGCCUCCCUUCCGGCGUAUCUGGCGCAUGCGGUUCUCCUGAACAUAGAAGAUGUUGUGUCCUGGGAGGAGACAAGAACGUCCGUCCAGCAGCACCUCUCCGGGUCGGACUCGUCCUCUGAGGAGUGCCAGUACACGCCAGCCAUCGACUACCCGGUCAGAAAAUCCGUGAAGUCCCCAAAGUUUCUUCCAAACUGCACGCGGGAAAAGAACCCGCUUGUAAACUAUGCGGCAGCCGAAAAGUUCCGUCGGGUGUUCAACUCCUCAGCAGGAGGCAUUCCGUUCCGCGUGCGCACAGACCGAUUCACGCCCAUUGCCCGGAUUGUUCUUCACGAAGACCACCCAGACAACUCAAAGGCCUUUCUGGACAUACACCGGGCACUUAUCCAGAAGGGCGUGUACAUCCGUCUGUCUGAGUACCCGGAGACCUCCUUCCUGGUCGCAUUUUCAAACGGGUUCCUGCUGGAAAACGUCUCUGACCUGGCCCAGACCAUUCUAGGCGUGAUUUCAGAGACGUAUUCAAACGCGUUCUAG